AUGGGUUCUGACUUGAAACGAAAACGCUCUCAAGACGCGGAUCCGGGCCCGGCGAACAAGAGCCAAACAAAAAAAUUACCUGCAACCGCAAAUAAGAGGCUAAAGCCCGAGGCGUCGGCAGCUGCCUCAAAACCUGAGCCAGCAAAGCUGUCAACAUUCCGUUCCUCAAAGGACGAAGAAAAAUCUUUUUCAAGAGGCGGUGGCUCUGUUCUUACUCCGUUGGAGUUCAAACAAAUAUCCAUUGACGCUGCUAAAGAUGCCCUUUUCGAAACCGAAAAUGCGAAGGCCAAAUGGACCAAGAAGAAGUCGAGGAGAGAAGAACCGAAGAAGGAUAAAACGAGUAAAAAAGACGAGUCCAAGAAAGGUGAGCAAAAGGGAAUUAAAGCGGAAGGAUUGAGCUAUAAGAGACUACUACCGGGAACACUUGUGCUUGGAUGCGUCUCUCAAAUAAGUCAAACCGACCUCGCCCUUUCUUUACCAAAUAAUCUGACUGGAUUUGUCCCUCUUACUUCUAUUUCAGAAUUGUUGAACAAGAAUUUUGAGGCUCUGGUCCGGGAUAGCGAUGACGACGAGGAUGAGGAUGUAGAGGAAAAUAUUGAAACGGCAAAAUCGGAAUCUAGUGAGGAUGGUGUUGAUCUCAAGUCUAUGUUCCAAAUCGGACCAUAUCUCCGAGCAUACGUUGUAUCUUCUUCAGAACCUACCAAUUCGAAAUAUUCUACAGGCUCCAAGAGGUUUAAAAAGCGGAUCGAGCUGUCCUUGGAUCCAGUUUUGACCAAUAACGGCCUUACGACUACUGAGUUAGUCGUUGGGUGUACUGUUCAGGCCUCUGUCACAAGCGUGGAGGACCACGGUCUCGUUAUGAAUUUGGGCAUCGGGAAUCAUCUCAAAGGGUUUCUGUCAUCCAAGGAGCUUGGGAAGGGCCGUUCGGUGACAGAUGCAAAAGAAGGCCAAGUGAUGCUUUGCACAACCAUCGGGCUCUCGUCGAAUGGUAAAAUCGUCAAGCUCUCAGGGGGUCUAGAACAGAAACCAACAAAGGGGGGUAAAGCUAUUGGGGUCGCAGGCAAAGUUAUGGGACUUGUAGAUGCUAAAAUGGACUUCUUUCAUGCUUCUGGUUGGGAGGAAAAGGAUAUUGAAUCGAAGUUUAAGGUUGGAGAAAAGAUUAAAGCGCAUGUCAUUGCUACCUAUUCCGAGCCUCGUAAACUCGCUCUUUCAAUCCUUCCUCAUGUCCUUCCGUUUACUCAGCCAAUUGAGAAUGAGCCUACAACCAUCCUCCCAAUAGCCACCAUUAUCAAUACUGCGAAGGCCCUUAAUAUCGAGCCUAAAAUCGGCCUCUUUCUUGAUGUCGGUGUUCCUGGUGUUCCUGGCUUUGUCCAUAUAUCCCGGAUCUCAAGCGAUAGCAAAAUAGAAGCUCUAUCCAACGAUUCUGGUCUAUAUCAGACUGAUUCAGUCCAUAUGGUUAGAAUAAUUGGUUAUAACUCUAUGGACGGCCUCUAUCUUGUUAGCAUGGAGCAGAAGGUUCUCGAUCAAUCCUUUUUAAGGGUGAAGGAUAUCAAAAUCGGUGAAGUCGUGAAGGGAACUAUCGACCGGGUCCUACAUAGUGGACGCGUUAUCGUAAACUUAGCUGAAGGGAUCACCGGAAUAGUAGAUGAACUUCACCUAAGCGAUGUCAAACUCAAGCAUCCUGAAAAGAAGUUUAGGGAGGGUGUCGAAGUAAAAGCAAGGGUUUUGUUAACAGAUCCUCCAAAGAGGAAAGUGAGAUUGAUCUUAAAAAAAGCUAUUGUCAACUCUGACGCCCCAAUAAUAUCAUCGUACAAGGAUACAAAUUCCGGAACUCGCUCAGUUGGUACCUUGGUUAAAAUCCUACCAAACGGCGCUAUAGUCAAGUUCUUUUUAGAUGUCUGCGGCUUCCUCCCCGUUUCCGAAAUGAGGGAAGCAUAUAUCCAGGAUCCCCAUGAGCACUCCACGGUUGGCCAAUCCGUGAAUGUCCAUGUACUAUCAGUGGAUCCCGCAAGCCAAAAGCUACGAGUUUCCUGCAAAGAUCCAAACUUAUUUGGCGAGGCCCAUAAAGUGACUCUUGCCAAACUGCCUCCUGGUGAUGUUGUCUCUGGGACCGUGGUCGAAAAGUCAGCGGAUGAUCUCAUUGUUGAGAUAAAUGGUUUAGGGGCUGAAGGCAUCAGAGGUGUGUUAGUGACUGGGCAACUAACCGAUGGCAGCCGUGACAAGAGCUUAGGUGUUUUCAAGAAGCUCAGGGCUGGACAAAAGCUUGACGACCUCUUAGUUUUAGAGAAGCAUGAGGAGAGGAGGUCGAUUACCUUGAGCAUGAAGCCAAGCUUAGUCAAGGCAGCAAAAGGCGGAAGUAUGAUCAGCAAAUUUGAGGAUGUGAACGAGGGAGAAAUAGUGAGAGGCUGGGUUAGGAACACGACUCUUCAAAGCCUCUUUGUUGGGUUUGCUGGUGGGAUAGUUGGGGUGGUUUACAAAAAGGACCGUCCGGCAGAAGUCCAGUCUCUCCCGAAUUUUGGAUACGUCAAGAAUCAGUCCAUCACCUGUAGAGUGGUAUACAUAGACCCAUCAGAACGGCGAUUCCGAUUAUCGCUAAAUUCCGUAAAAUCAGGAGAGGGGGAGGCCCCGGCCGUAGCUAACACAGCUGGCGAUACAGAGAGGCUCACUGUUAACCCUGUUGACGCGAGGUUCAAACAUAUCGACGACUACACUUCCGGGAGACUCACUAAAGCAAAGGUCGUUUCUGUACAAGAGACGCAGCUAAAUGUGAAACUCGCCGACAACGUGCAGGGCAGAAUUGACGUAUCACUGGUUUUUGAAACUUGGGACGCUAUUAAGGACAAGAAGUCUCCCCUCGCAUCAUUCGGGAAGGGGAGUGUCCUGGGUGUCAAAAUUAUCGGAAUUCAUGAUGCGCGAAACCACCGCUUCCUUGCUAUCACCCACCAAAAAUCGAACACCAAGACACCUAUCUUCGAACUUUCAGCCAGGCCCGGCCACAUAAAGGAAGAGGGUAUCGAAAGAUGUAUUACAAAGCUAGAAGACAUUACCCCUAAUUCAACAUGGGUAGCAUUCUUAAACAAUAUUUCGGAGGAGUGUGCCAGGGCCAAUAUUUUGCCUGGCAUCAGGGGAAGAAUUCGCAUCCUGGAUCUCUCGAAAAGAUCCGAAGACACCCGUAUCCUUACCGGUAGUAUGAGGUGUCAAAUUCUUCGGUGA